CUCAAUCCGUUUUGAUCCGUUUUGUUGUCGUAUGAGUAAACGUUUAACUAUUGAGUUGUUUUUAAAACAGGCUUUUAGUGAAACUCCCUUAGUUCCACAAAUCACUCGCCCUAAUCCGUGAAUCGAGGUGCAAGUAUGUUGUGGGAUUUGCGAAUCCACCCCGCAGAGAUCCGCGACGAGUAAAAACUGGCGGAGCACCAUCGUGCGAUUACGCUUGAAAUUGAGAUAAUAUCUCUCUGUUAAAUGGUGAUUGUCGAUGCCAUGGAAAGAAGGAUAAAACUGAAAACUCUGAACAGUCACAUAACGUGCAAGAUAUGUCGCGGAUAUUUAAUUGACGCCACUACUGUUACCGAAUGUUUACAUACAUUCUGCAAGAGUUGUUUGGUAAAGCAUUUAGAGGAGAAACAUACCUGUCCGACAUGUCAAAUUGUCAUACAUCAGUCUCAUCCACUCCAGUACAUCAGCUUCGACAGAACUAUGCAGGAUAUUGUCUACAAAUUAGUUCCUGAUCUCCAAGAAAAUGAAAUCAAAAGAGAAAGAGAAUUUUACAGAGCCAGAGGUUUGCCUUGUCCUAAAGAUAUUUUGCCCAACGCUGGAGAAGUUGAAGAGGAAAAAGCCAAUGCGGAUGCACAUGCAGAAUCAGAUUAUCAUCGUACUGAUGAACAGGUUAACGUAUGUUUGGAGUGCACAAACUCAAGUUUGAAGACUCUGAAGAGACGAUUUAUCAGGUGUUCAGCUCAGGCUACGAUAACGCAUAUGAAAAAAUUUAUUGCUAAAAAGGCUUUGAACGGCAUGGAAAAAUAUAGAGAUAUCGAUAUUUUGUGCAAUAACGAAUUAUUAGGUAAAGACCACACAUUGAAGUUCGUUUAUGUGACGAGAUGGAGGUUCCGGGACCCACCUUUGAGAUAUUCAAGUGCCACUGCAUUGUGUACAGAUUCGAUGCCUGCGCAUUAAGUUUCGGCGGACCAUCUUUUCUCCUAAUACGCAGAAUCUUAGUGGACGAGUGAGAUUUUCUAUAUUUUACGACGCGAGAUAAAGCCACGGGGAUCUUCAUUUUAUGAAAUCGUAUAUUCUUUUUAUAAGCACAUACCCCAUCUUUGUACAUAGAAUAUUUUUGACAGAACACAAACAACAUUGCAUGUAGAGAGACGCAAGCUUUGUAUUAGGUAAACAAAAGAAAUCGGGUCUGAAUAGUCAGGCCUUUUUAACUUUGUAUAUUUAUGCGCCGCGGCCGUACAUAUUCUAAUUGCGUCUCAAAUUUCUCUCGACAUCGGCUCGCGAUUGGAAAAGAAGAAGCAAAAAAGAAAAAGUGAGAAAGAGAGAGAGAGAAUUAAUCGAUAGCGAAAUAUUUUUAGGUGAUUCGCCAUCGAAUAGCGUGCCGUGUCGAGCAAAAUGAGUGGCGCUCGUCGCUUGUAAUAAAUAGAGUUCCUCAAGUAAAAGUUAAUAUUAAAUGAUAACUUUUGAUUGUUCUGUAAUAAGAAGAAAGCGAUAUAAAUAAAACAGAAUAGUACGUAUAUGAUAGACACGUUGCUGACUGAUCUGCUAAAAGAUCAAGUAUGCUGUUCUUCUUACACGAUUUUGCUCACUCAUUAUAAGAAUGAAUUAGGACGCAUCCUACGUCAUGUGGUCGAAAUAUUCUAUUUGAUCACACGUCAUUUGCUUAAAUAGAAAGAAAUGAAAAGAAAUAUGACGUUCACUUGAUAAAAAAAAGAA